UUAAAUCAUCCAACGCAACGAUUGAAUCUCAAAAAGUCCUCAGAGAUAAAAAUUCAUCUCGCGUAAAUUUUCAACAAAUAAAAUUAAAAUUCCACGGGAAAUUUAUUUUGUUUUCCAACUUUGAUCUACGCACGUAAAAGUUCUCCGUUCGACAUUAUCGAUCGUCGUCGCAAGUCUCAUCUGGAAUUUUAAGUCAAAACAAAUCAAACGUGAGUGAGUUCGACCCGGCUUCUUGUGACGAACGACUGGCAAAUGCAGUUCGUGACGCGAAUCGCCCUCGUGAAUGUGUUAAUGUUGCUUUGCCUAAGAAAUCUCGUUCGUGCCCAGGUUUAUCAGAACAUGUCGAGUUUCGCCGGAGUGCAUUCCGUGGCGUACGUCACGGUGCCGAACGACGAGGUGGCGAAGAGAUUAGCACGCGGCCUGGUCGAGAACAAACUCGCUGCUUGUGUCAACAUUAUUCCACAACUCACCUCCAUAUACGAAUGGGAAGGAAAGAUACAAGAGGAGCCUGAACUUUUAUUGAUGAUAAAAACUAGAACAGAAAAAGUAGAUGCUCUAACAAAAUAUGUAAAGGGGAAUCAUCCAUAUUCAGUUUGCGAAGUGAUUUCCUUGCCGAUACAAAAUGGAAACAAUGAUUAUUUGAAGUGGAUCAGUGAAGUAGUGCCCCCACUUGAUAAAAACACACAAGAUAAUUAAGACAAAUCGAUAGUAAUUCAUUGAUGAAUUCAUUAAUUCAUCAUAUUUUCUCUUGAAAUUACUUUAUAUAAAAAAGAAGAAUAAAGAAGAUAAUGAUUAUGAUAACUUA